AGAGCAGUGUGUUUGUUUAGAACCUCCUCCUCUCUCUCAGGCUGCAAUGUGCAGUUAGUUAGCAGACAGGCUCAGGGAGGCAGCAUGCAUAGAGUAUGCUCUGUAUAUACAAGGCUGGAGUGACAUGCUAUGCAGUCAAUGAAACUAACUUACUGUGCACAGAUACCAGCCUGGCACAAACUGCAUACGCCAAGCCUAAGGAUAUCAGAGUAACACAAGGGCACAACAGAGAGCCUGGCGGAGAUGCAGAAAUUCAUUCACUGCCUGGAGGAUUGCUCUGACUGCUGAAGGCACAAUUCACAUUCAACGCAGCGUCCACUGACGGGAAUAUAAAAGCUCAGGAAAGAGAGAAGUUGGUUUUUUUUCUGGCCCUGUGAUAUUUGCACAAGUCAUGCAUUUUGGAUAAGCAAGUAUUGUGCCACCUCUACCAGACUGCAAACUUGUGAAUUAAGACAAGUUCCUCAAGAGAGCUUGGCAUCCUGGUAGAAAAAAAAAACAAAAAAAACAUUAACCAUUUUUCUGUGAGAUCUUCUAAGUUUUUGGCAAUUGGUUUUUGGAUUUUUUUUUUUUAACUAAAUGUUCUCGGAAUUUAUGAAGAAGAAAAUGUGUGGCUUUGGUUUCUGGAAGCUGUCCAUCUCGGUGGGGUUAGUGUUGGUGAUCCUGAGUGAAGUGGCACCUCAGCCAUGUCCGGCUCAGUGCACUUGUUCUGGAACCACGGUGGACUGUCAUGGGCUUGCUCUACGCAGCGUACCACGCAACAUUCCCAGGAAUACUGAACGACUAGAUCUAAAUGGAAAUAAUAUCACAAGAAUAACGAAGACAGAUUUUGCGGGUUUGAGACAUCUACGCGUCUUGCAGCUUAUGGAGAACAAGAUUAGUACUAUUGAAAGGGGAGCAUUUCAAGAUCUAAAAGAGCUGGAUAGACUACGCUUAAAUCGAAAUAGUCUUCAGGUAUUUCCAGAAUUGCUUUUUCUGGGAACUCCAAAACUCUACAGACU